AUGUCGACGCACUCGGCAACGUCGGGUGGCUCUGCGGCCAGGAAAAUGACGCCGUGUUCAUUCUUCGUAGCAGGAAAGUGCCGCAAUGGCAGCAGCUGCAAGUUUUUCCACGCUUCACGCGAGGAUCUGGCAGUGAGUCCGUUGCCUUGCAAGUUUUUCCUGCGCGGCACGUGCACCGCAGGACGCGGGUGCAAGUUCUCGCACUCGGCGGAGGCGCAAGCGGCAUCCACGCGUGUUAGCGCCAGCACGGGCGAGAAAACGACAAAACCGGGCUCUUACGGUGUCCCGUGCAAGUUCUUCAAGUAUGGCGACUGCGCGAAUGGAGACAAAUGUCCGUACUUGCACAAUAAGAAGGAGGAAGAAGAGCAUAAGGACAAGGUGGAAGCUGUGACGGAGGGAGCAUCCACCCCGCAGAAACAACCUGAUGAUGAGGAGAAAGUGGCGAAGGACGAAGUAACAGAGCUCAAGGAUUUCAUCUCCAAGGAGGAAGAAUUAUAUUAUUACGGAGCUCCGGGUGAAUUUGAAGACACAGCCGCAGAGUCGGUGCCCCCGAUGCCCAAGGAAUCGUACGUGGAGGUGGCCAAGAAGAACGUGAGGGACGGACCGCUGUCAUUUGAUGAAGAGCGCCCUGCACCACCAAAAAUCUGCACAUUCUUCUUGCAAGGACUGUGCAGGUAUGGAAACACCUGCUUCUACGCGCACUCGCUGCCCGAGCGUGUUGAAAGCGAGGAGGAAAUGCUUGCAAUGGGCGAAGAGAUCCAUCUGUCACAGGAUCUGGAAUGCGGCAUUUGCUACGAGAUUAUUCUAAAGAAGGGCGAGCGAUUUGGCCUGCUCUCCGGAUGCAACCACUCGUUCUGCCUCACAUGUCUGCGCAACUGGCGAAGCAGUGAGGACCAGCCCAAGCAGACGGUACGUCAGUGUCCCGUGUGUCGAGUGGAGACCAAGUUUAUUAUCCCUUCAAGUCGCAUGGUCACCAGACCGGAGCGCAAGAAAGUCCUCAUCGACGUGUACCGGAAAAACCUCUCUGGCAUUCCAUGCCGCCAUUUCGACGAAGGAAGAGGAACUUGUCCAUUCGGCACCAGCUGCUUCUACGCUCACCGUUACCCGGACGGCACGUUGGCAUCACGCCAAGUGCGAACCGCGGUCGACUCUGACGGCCAGUACGAUGUCCUUCGUCAAGUGCGUCUUGAGAACUUCUUGAGGCAGAGUGAGAGCAACGAAUAGCUGUGAGAAUUCCUCUUCUGCAUCCAUAUUGCUGCAUG